UCUACAAAAUUUAUUCAGAUUUCCCCCACUGUCUCACUGAGGUGUUUUUUUUUUUGAUUGUAUAUUUUUGAAUUCACAUGUAUUUUAUUCUAUUUUUUAAUUUUUUGGCCGAGUGGCAUGUGGGAUCUUAGUUCCCCAACCAGGAAUCGAACCCGAACCCUCUGCAUUGGAAGCAUGGAGUCUUAACCACCGGACGCCAGGGAAGUCCCCUGAGGUUCUUUUUCCAACUCAUCUAGCAUUUUACCUUGCACUUGGCUCUCAAGUGUGGAACCAUUCCUCAGUGUUUCUUUGUCUUUUAUGACCUUGAUACUUAACAAAAUGUCCUUUGAUUUUGGUCUGUCUGUUCUUUCCUCAUGACUGAAGUCAGGUUAUUCAUUUUGAUAAGAAGACCACAGAAGUGAUGUUGCCUUCUCCUCGAUGCAUCAGAUCAGGAGGUACAUGCUAUCUGAUAAUACUGACUUUGACAUCUGGUGGUGUCUCACAGGUCUCCCUACUGCAGAGUUACUUAUGAAUUCGUGCCGGCCCCGAGGCUCCACGGAUCCCGGCGAUCGAGCCACUGCGAGCGCCAAGAAGCAUCUCGCUUUCCAAACCCGGCGAAAAAGUUGGUUCCUCAAAUUUGUUCCUGGCAGGAGGGGCAAGAAAUCACGCCGGGCUUCGGCAGCGGAAGCGGCGGCAGGGGGAGAAGCUCUGGUUGGACCGUCCCGGCGGCCUCGCAUCGAUCUCGGGUCUAAGGUCCGGCCGGAUCGUAAUUCCAGCCGCUCUUACGCCCCUAGAGUCACCGCCCCUCCCCACACCCUCCAUUCCCGGAGCCGCAGGGCCCGGAGGCCUGGCUCUCCCCGGGGUCCAAGGACCCAGGGCUGGCCGACGCCAGGUGGAAGGAGACAGGUUAACGGCGGCCCGCCCCCGGGAGGCGGGGCCUGGCGGAGCGGCCGCGACCCCCGCCCUCCCUCCCCCCACUCCCCGCGCCCUCCCUCCCUCCCGCAACUCCCCGCGCCCUCCUGCCCCAACUCUCCGUGCAGCCUGCCGCCCCGCGCGUGCUAG